AUGGAGGACAUCUACACAUAUGGGCAGUUUGGUGGUGAACCAGUGCAGAAAUACCGUGGGCGGACAUCAGUGCCAGGAGAUGGAUUUGCCACUGGGAAUGUGUCCCUGACAUUGAAGAAUGUCCAGCCAGCAGAUGAAGGAAGAUACAGUUGCAUUGUGGAAUCCAGGCACUGGAUGGCUGAAUCAGACACCUGGCUCAGCAUUGCAGGUACUGGUGAAGUGUUCAUUGACAUUCUGGGCCCUCAAGGACAAGGGCUCGAGCUUGCCUGCAGAUCACAUGGAUGGUUCCCCAAACCUACUGUCCAGUGGUUUACUGAGAACGAGCAGGAACUGUCUGCAGACACUGAAAUACACCAGGACAGCAAGAAAUUCUUCAGUGUGCUGAGUCGAGUCAUAGUUUCACGAGAGCAAGUAGGAAAAGUCACCUGUCAAAUCCUGACCCCUCUGAUGCAAAUAGAGAAGAAAAAUUCUGUGUUCCUCAGAG